GAGGCCCGGGCUGAUCCCACAGGCCAGUAUAAAGCGCCGUGACCCUCAGGUGAUGCGCCAGGGCCGGCUGCCGUCGGGGACAGGGCUUUCCAUAGCCAUGGCCCAGCAGUGGAGCCUCCAAAGGCUCGCAGGCCGCCAUCCGCAGGACAGCUAUGAGGACAGCACCCAGUCCAGCAUCUUCACCUACACCAACAGCAACUCCACCAGAGGCCCCUUCGAAGGCCCGAAUUACCACAUCGCUCCCAGAUGGGUAUACCACCUCACCAGUGUCUGGAUGAUCUUUGUGGUCACUGCAUCUGUGUUCACAAAUGGGCUUGUGCUGGCGGCCACCAUGAAGUUCAAGAAGCUGCGCCACCCGCUGAACUGGAUCCUGGUGAACCUGGCGGUCGCUGACCUAGCAGAGACUGUCAUUGCCAGCACUAUCAGCGUUGUGAACCAGGUCUCUGGCUACUUCGUGCUGGGCCACCCUAUGUGUGUCCUGGAGGGCUACACCGUCUCCCUGUGUGGGAUCACAGGUCUCUGGUCUCUGGCCAUCAUUUCCUGGGAGAGGUGGCUGGUGGUGUGCAAGCCCUUUGGCAAUGUGAGAUUUGAUGCCAAGCUGGCCAUCAUUGGCAUUGCCUUCUCCUGGAUCUGGUCUGCUGUGUGGACAGCCCCGCCCAUCUUUGGUUGGAGCAGGUACUGGCCCCACGGCCUGAAGACUUCAUGCGGCCCAGACGUGUUCAGCGGCAGCUCGUACCCCGGGGUGCAGUCUUACAUGAUUGUCCUCAUGGUCACCUGCUGCAUCAUCCCACUCGCUAUCAUCGUGCUCUGCUACCUCCAAGUGUGGCUGGCCAUCCGAGCGGUGGCAAAGCAGCAGAAAGAGUCUGAAUCCACCCAGAAGGCAGAGAAGGAAGUGACGCGCAUGGUGGUGGUGAUGAUCUUUGCGUACUGCGUCUGCUGGGGACCCUACACCUUCUUCGCAUGCUUUGCUGCUGCCAACCCUGGCUACGCCUUCCACCCUUUGAUGGCUGCCCUGCCGGCCUACUUUGCCAAAAGUGCCACUAUCUACAACCCCGUUAUCUAUGUCUUUAUGAACCGGCAGUUUCGAAACUGCAUCUUGCAGCUUUUCGGGAAGAAGGUUGACGAUGGCUCUGAACUCUCCAGCGCCUCCAAAACGGAGGUCUCAUCUGUGUCCUCGGUAUCGCCUGCAUGAGUUCUGCCUCCUACCCAUCCCGCCCACCGGGGCUUUGGCCACCUCUCCUUUCCCCCUCCUUCUCCGUCCCUGUAAAAUAAAUGUAAUUUAUCUUUGCCAAAA